CUCAAUUUUAUAGAAAUCGUUGAAAGUUUAAGAACUACUAAACUACGUAAAAAUCACUACAAUUUUGUAAUGGCGAGCGGUAAUGUUGUGCAUUUUUCAAAGCACAGAAAUCCUAUUGUUUUGUUGAGAAGGAUUUGUCACAAAGAAGGUCAACCUGGUAAUAAUGCAAAAGUGGCAACUGUAGCAAGACCGUAUUCUCAAGGUUCUGACCAGAACAAUCAAAAUAAUGGGAAUAAAAAAAUUCCAAUAACACUUUUUGGUGCUAUGCUGGGAAUAUCGAGUGGUGCAGUUCUCCUUAACAAAAAAAGGAAUUCUCAGCAACCAAGCAUUUUACAUGCUGCGGAAGGUGAAGACAGGGCUGCUGGAGGAGGGUCAUCUCGAAGGAACAAUAAUAACUUCAUUGCUGAUGUAGUUGAGAUGAGUGGAUCAGCGGUUGUUUUUAUAGCACGUUUUGCAAGAGUUCCAUUUAUGAGAAAACAAGUUGAGGUUUCCCAUGGAUCUGGUUUUAUUGUGGAAUCACAAGGACUUGUCAUCACAAAUGCUCAUGUUGUGGGCAAUCAAUCAAAGUUGAAGGUUCGUCUACAAGAUGGAAGAGAGUUUGAAGGUGUGGUUCUCGGCGUAGAUGAAGGUCUCGAUUUAGCAGCCGUUGAAAUCAGAAGCAGGGAUCUACCUUAUCUUCCUCUCGGUUGCUCUAAUGAUAUCAGGCCGGGGGAGUGGGUAGUUGCCAUGGGGAGUCCAUUGAACCUAAAAAACACUGUAACUGCGGGAAUUGUUAGCAACAUUCACAGGGCAGGAAAGGAACUGGGGCUUCAUGAUCAUGAAACAAGAGAUAUGGAAUAUAUACAAACUGAUGCAAUGAUUAAUUUUGGAAACUCUGGUGGACCAUUGAUCAAUCUGGACGGAGAGGUUAUUGGUGUUAAUUCAAUGAUGGCAUCAGCUGGUAUUGGAUUUGCGAUUCCUGUUGAUUAUGUUAAAGAUUUCCUUACUCGCUUGAAAGAGGCUUUGAAGGAAAGGAGAAGAAGCAGUUCUGGCCAGACCAGGCUCCCAACUGGUAGGAGAAAAUAUAUUGGAAUAACUAUGCUUACAUUGACCGAGGACAUUGUUGAUCAACUCAGAUUAAGAAACCCAGAUUUUCCAAAUGUUGCGAAAGGAGUUCUAGUGCACAGGGUACAAUACAACUCUCCAGCCGAUAAGGCUGGAGUUCAAGAUAAUGAUGUAAUCAUAAAAAUUGAUGACAAAGAUAUUUUCUCUACUCAAGAUGUUUUUCAAGCAUUGAGCAAAUCUAACAUUCAAUUAACUGUUAUUAGAGGUGAUAAAACCAUCAAACUACGAAUUGAACCAGAAGAGGUUUUGUGAUAUCUGACUGAAUAUUUUAGAUGGGUUUGAAAGAUGUAGGCGAAAAUGAAAAAAAAACUCUGUGAUAUGCUGGUUGAGUUGCAAUAUGUAUGUUAAAGAUAUUUAUUGCUUUAGUAUUGUGGUAACACGACACAGUCACAAACUUUUAUGGGCAAUGAAUGUGCUACUUAAACACUUCAGAAAUAUCAAAAGAGUGAUAUAUGUUACAGCCCUGUUUGCUUUUUUACUAAGAAGAAGAGUAAUAUUCUAUGAAAGAGUUUUUAGGGUAUCACUGUGGUAUUUUCAUUUUUGCUAUGUCAUAUAGCUCAGACAUCAUAUUGGUAUAUUACGAUUAAAUGCUGAGUUUUACUGACUCUGGAUGAUCAAUGUAUUGGUAAUUUUUCAACAUUGACAUUAUAUGACUGUAUGUUUUUCCAAGAAGUUCAUACUUUCUGAUUGUAUUAAUUGUAAACAUUUUGUGGAAAACAUUUUGUGGUGUUUUCAAGAAUUGAAAUAAAAGCUGAUAAUUACCAAUCGUGGGCCAAAAUAAACUGCAAUUCGUUAUCGAUUGCUAAUGUCAGUCUUCUCACGUGUAUCACAUUCUUUUAAAAUACUGUCACAUGAUGCCAGUUUUAUUUUCAUCUUCUCACUUACUCAGUAAAUUGUAUACCUUUUAAAUCAUACUUUUCAUUAUUUUUUAUUUUGAUGCAUUGUGCAUUGCUUAUAUCUCCAUAAUCAGACAGUUUGAUGUAAUACAGGCAGCAUUCUAUGUUUUUUAUAAGCUAUUGCUGUUGGUCCCUUUUCACAGGUAUUGUUUCUGCCACUAGUACAACAAAGAACUGAAAUUUUUCAAUUUUGGUCGUUUUUUUCAUGAAUUCUAUUUUUUGUGAACUGUUGCUUUUUUUCUUUUAACCAGUGUCAUCUUAUUUUGGAAAUGUAAUUUUUUUAGCAGCAUUGUAAUAAUUUUGAUUCUUUGUAUGUGUUAAAAACAUUUUUUUAAAACAAUUCAGUUAUCCUCAUGUAUUUUGAACAUGAGAUUUCUUUAUUAUUGGUCUCUGUUCAGUAUUUGUAGCAAAUAUAUUACUGUACAUUUAAAACACAAUUUGUUGCCAUAUCAAUACUUUGCUUAAACAUGGAGACUUUCCACAGAAAAAUUGCAUUAUUGUCUUGCUUGAUUUUGUAAUGUGUUUUUGGCAUUUUGCAUUUGAUAAAGAAUGGUGAAAUGAGGUG